GCCCAGAGCCGACUCAGGGUUGGAGCGGCCGCAACGGGCGGGGCGGGGCCGGCCCUAGGGCAUCCCGAGUUCGGAUCCCAGGAGGCCCUGCGGCCGCCGCGCAGGUUCCCUCGGCCGGGGUCGUGAUGGAGCUGCCUGCUGUGAACCUGAAGGUGAUUCUUCUGAUUCACUGGCUGCUGACAACCUGGGGCUGCAUCGUGUUCUCAGGGUCCUAUGCCUGGGCUAACUUCACCGUGCUGGCCUUGGGUGUGUGGGCCGUGGCCCAGCGGGACUCCAUCGACGCCAUCAGCAUGUUUCUAGGCGGCUUGCUGGCCACUGUCGUCUUGGACAUAAUCCACCUGGGCGUCUUCUACCCGCGCUCCAGCCUCUCGGACACAAGCCGCUUCGGGGCCGGCAUGGCCAUCCUCAGCCUGCUGCUCAAGCCCCUCUCCUGUUACCUCGUCUACCACAUGUACCAGGAGCGCGGCGGCGACCAUCUCUUCCACCCAGGCUUCCUUGGACCUUCACAGGAACACAAUGCCUACCAGACGAUUGACUCACCAGCUGCACCUGCGGACCCCUUCGCGGGCCCCGAGGGCAGGGACCAGGCUGCCCGAGGGUACUGAGGCUGGCUGCAAGGUGCCUGGUUCCAGCCGGACUGCUCACCUCCUGAUACCGGGAGGUGACUCGAGGGACGCUCCUGCCCUCCAUCUCUCGGCCCUAAGAUGACUGUCCUCCCCCA